AUAAAACUCAAACUCUAAAAACAUGUCUCUAAUUUUACGUUUUUUCCUUAACUUUUUUAAAUACUUUAACAGAAAUCACACUGUCGCAUAUUUAUAAUAGUGUCCUUUCGAAUGGAAUGGAUAGCAAUGAAUCGCGGUGGAGGGUGCCUUCGACAAUAUGGUUGUUGAUUUUUUUCGUUGGGCUGUUGUACUUUCUGAACGUCUUCCAGAUCGAGGAGUAUUACACGUACCCCACUCCGGGACGUAGCGAGAAGUUUUACGCGAAGGAGUCUUUAAAAGGGUUCCUCGUCAAAACGAAAGGGUGUAGGAUACCGUACAUGCACCCGAUGGACAAGACAAUAACUAAGUACAUUUUCAAAUACGAUCCUCCCGUGUGCAAUAAUGGUAUUCCUUCUUUAUACGAAUCAAAUUUCACCUCCUUAUACCUGGUAAACUCUUCGUUGCCACACUACAACCUAACCGACACGAAAGAUUUGAAAUGCUGCUACCAGGAGGUGUCUCGAAGGGACGUAAAAGGACCCAAAGAUAACGACAAUAGUUUUUUUACAAACAAAACCUGCACAAACAUCGGCGAAAGCACAAAUAUCGAUAAGAACUACAUACUGAUCACAUGCCGGGUGAACAAACACGUAAUUUACACCGACAUGUUCUGGUUCGUGCCUUCGAAAGUUAACAAUAAGACGGAGAUGAUCAACGACGUAACCCCGCCGUUGAACGUUUUGAUGGUGGGAUUGGACGCGGUGUCCCGCUUGAACUUGCACCGGCAGAUGCCGAAAACGGUGGCUUACCUCACGCAGAUCGACGCGGUGGAAAUGCUGGGCUACAACAAAGUGGGCGACAACACUUUUCCCAACCUGAUACCGGUGCUGAGCGGGCUGACUGAGGGCGAAUUGAAGGACAGCUGCUGGCACGGUAAGCACUUCGAUAACUGCACGUUUUUGUGGAACAUGUUCAAAAACAAGGGGUACAUGACGUCGUUCGGCGAGGAUUCCUCGUGGAUGGGGCUGUUUAACUACAUGCGGCACGGUUUUAGUCGACAGCCUACGGAUUACGCGUACGGUUAUUUCAAUCGCAUUUCCGAGCAGAAGGUUGGAAACGCGCACAGCAUGAACGUGGAUCAAUGCAUUGGCUCCAGGGAGGUUUACAAGGACUUUCUGGAGUAUAUUGGGAGCGUCACGCGGAGGUUCCGCAUGGAUAAUACGCCGUACUUUGCGUUCUACUGGGGCGCCAGUUUGUCGCACGAUUAUCUCAACAAACCAAGCACAGGCGAUGAGAGUUAUUUGGAGUUUUUUAGGAGUUUGUACGAGGAUGGUUAUUUGGACAACACGGUGUUGGUUUUCAUGAGCGAUCACGGCAUAAGGUGGGGCUCGAUACGGCAAACCUACCAAGGUAGAAUGGAGGAAAGGCUCCCGUUCGUGUUCGUCCGAUUGCCGGAUGACUACAAAAAACACCACCCCCAAAUCUACAACAAUUUGAAAGUAAACUCGCACAAAUUGACCACGCCGUUCGACUUGCACGAAACCAUGGCGGAUUUACUGGACCCCUACUCCCUGACCAGCGACAACAUCCACAGCAGAAACGAUACGAACGAUAGGGGUAUAAGUUUGUUCAGCCAGAUCCCCGACACGCGCACCUGCGAAACCGCCGCCAUAGAUGCCCAUUGGUGCACGUGCCAGCAAAGCCAAGAAGUCGCCGAAGACGACCCGAAGGUGCUCGAAGCGGCCGCAUUCGUCGUGCGACGCAUGAACUCGCUGCUCAAAGACCUGACGGAAUGCGCCAACCUCACUCUGGACGCCGUUCUGAACGCCAGAGUGAUGAGCCACGCCGACGCGAUCACCAACAAGAAGCACGAGUUCGAGGAUUACAUGAUUACCGUGCGCACCGCGCCUGGGGAGGGGGUUUUCGAGAGCACCGUGCGCAGGGUUUUGGAAGGAACGGCGCACGAAAUUAUGGGCACCAUCAGCAGGCUGAAUUUGUACGGGAAGCAGAGCAAGUGCAUCACCGACUUCCACUUGAAGUUGUACUGUUAUUGUAAGUCGUUAUUCUUUUGAGUAACGCGAUUUUUCCGGUUAUGCGCGCAAGAUUGUGAGUGAGUACCUAUUUAUACAAAAUUGAGUAGAUGAUAAUGCUCGUUUUUGAAUAUUGCUUUACCAAAUCAUAUUCAUCAUCACCAUAUCACAAUUAAUUGUACAAUUAUACAGUGCGAUUCAGUUUUAUUUUUGGGUUUAAAAGAAAUUUCAGUUAUUGUCUUGAAACAAUUCAAAUAAUAAAAUAAAUUUUAGAUUAUUUUUUGUUUAAUGCUUGAGGCUUUAAUCCAAAUCUGCAUGGGUGCAUGUCAUAUGACGUCAGCGUUAAGGUCUAUUCAUACGUGCCCUAACCUAACCUAACGCUAGUGCAUUAUUGUCUGUUUAUAGCGGUGGGGACUGUUUAUUAAGUUAUUAAAAUACCAGUUGUAUUUGUCGUCAGACUUGGAGUCUGAUUAUUUUCCCAAAUUAAUUAAAUCCAUCAAUAAUAUUGAACGGUGCGCGCCAGCCUUAAGCAAUUUGCAACUGGCACACACAACAACUAAGUGAAUGGUUUUAUUUUCAUAUUUUCGUAAAAACCGUUUUAAAACAGGGAAAUUGUU